CGACCCGGAUGUAGAAUUCUUUAUUUGCUAGAUUUUCUUCCGCCUUCGAUCUCUUUCCCCUGUGCAGCGAUGUCGAAGAGAGGACGUGGUGGUUCAUCCGGAGCGAAGUUCCGCAUCUCGUUGGGUCUUCCAGUGGGAGCAGUUAUUAACUGCGCAGAUAACACAGGUGCCAAGAACCUGUAUAUCAUCUCUGUGAAGGGCAUCAAAGGGCGUCUGAACCGUCUGCCUGCUGCCGGAGUGGGUGACAUGGUAAUGGCAACAGUCAAGAAGGGCAAACCAGAGCUCAGGAAGAAGGUACAUCCUGCGGUGGUGAUAAGGCAGCGGAAGUCAUAUCGCCGAAAGGAUGGAGUGUUUCUUUACUUUGAGGACAAUGCAGGCGUCAUUGUAAACAAUAAAGGAGAAAUGAAAGGUUCUGCCAUCACUGGCCCAGUGGCAAAGGAGUGUGCUGACCUAUGGCCCAGAAUUGCAUCUAAUGCUGGCAGCAUUGCCUAAGCCUGACUGUCAUGUUGUUUUCAAUAAAAACAAUUUGUUUUGCCA